CCGCGGCCCCGCCUCCGCCCGGCCCCCACGCGCGCCGCGUCUAUAAGGCUGGGGCGGGCCCGCCCGCGGCCCGCAGAGCCGUCCCCGCCCGCCUGCGCCCCGUCAGUCGCUCACCGGUGUCCGAAAGCGCGUCAGCCCGGGGUCCCGGUCAUGGCGCUGAGCGAGCCCAUCCUGCCGUCCUUCUCCACUUUCGCCAGCCCGUGUCGCGAGCGCGGCCUGCAGGAGCGCUGGCCGCGCGCAGAGCCCGAGGCAGGCGGCACCGACGACGACCUCAACAGUGUCCUGGACUUCAUCCUGUCCAUGGGGCUGGACGGCCUGGGCGCCGAGGCGGCCCCGGAGCCGCCGCCCCCGCCCCCGCCGCCUGCGUUCUACUACCCUGAGCCCGGCGCGCCGCCGCCCUACGGAGCUCCCGCGGGCAGCCUGGUGUCAGAGCUGCUGCCGCCGGAGCUAGACGUGCCGCCGGGGCCCGCGCUGCACGGCCGCUUCCUGCUGGCGCCGCCCGGCCGCCUGGUGAAGGCCGAGCCCCCCGAGGCGGACGGCGGCGGCGGCGGCGGCUACGGCUGCGCGCCCGGCCUGACCCGCGGGCUUCGAGGCCUCAAGCGCGAGGGAGCCCCGGGCCCGGCUGCCGCGUGCAUGCGAGGCCCCGGGGGCCGCCCUCCGCCGCCGCCCGACACGCCGCCGCUCAGCCCCGACGGCCCCGCGCGCCUGCCUGCGCCUGGCCCGCGCGCCCCCUUCCCGCCGCCCUUCGGCGGCCCCGGCUUCGGCGCUCCCGGGCCCAGCCUGCACUACGCGCCGCCCGCACCCGCUGCCUUCGGUCUCUUCGACGACGCGGCCGCCGCCGCCGCAGCAGCAGCAGCUCUGGGUUUGGCGCCGCCCGCCGCCCGAGGUCUCCUCACGCCGCCCGCGUCCCCGCUGGAGCUGCUGGAGGCCAAGCCCAAGCGCGGACGCCGGUCCUGGCCCCGCAAGCGCACCGCCACGCACACCUGCAGCUACGCCGGCUGCGGCAAGACCUACACCAAGAGCUCGCACCUCAAGGCGCACCUGCGCACGCACACAGGCGAGAAGCCCUACCACUGCAAUUGGGACGGCUGCGGCUGGAAGUUCGCGCGCUCAGACGAACUCACGCGCCACUACCGCAAGCACACGGGCCACCGGCCUUUCCAGUGCCACCUGUGCGACCGCGCCUUCUCGCGCUCCGACCACCUGGCGCUGCACAUGAAGCGGCACAUGUAGCCCGGGCGCCCCGCCCACUCGCACGCGGCCGUGGCGGGUCCCACGCGCCGGACGGACGCGGCCCCCUCGCAAACUGUGACUUGGUAUUUAUUGGGCCUUAAGGACUGGACGGGGCACAGCGUGGCCACCGAGGAGGCUCCCCGAUGACGACGCUGCCGCCCUGGCCCCAUCAGAGACUGAAGGCCCCGGUGGGAGGAGACCACGAUCCUCCUGGACGAGUUUUGUUUUCAAAAUGGUGCAAUAAUUAAGCGUCGUCUUCGCCCCACCCGGGUCUACACUAGAGGAUCGAGGCUUGAUGCCUUGUGAAGAAAUACAGCCUUAAUGUGUACUGUCUACAACGUUGUGUUUUUUUUUUAUAAUAUUGUACAUAGCGACUGUGACAGAUAUUGUAUUAUUAUUGUAAAUAAGGAGACAGGCGGCCCUUGGCUGCCUGGUUCGUUUUUAUAAGA